AGACUAGCCCAAGAACUGAUAGACUUAAAUUUGUGAACUCUUUCAAAGUGUUGAGUUUGUGACUUAACUAUUCUUAGAAUUGAAGUCUUCCAAUCCAGUUUAAAAGUCUACAAAGUGUCUGCUAUAAAGAUGAUGCCACUUCUUCUGCUGCUGACUGCUGGAGGCUUCCAGUGUACUCAAGGCUUGCCAAGAUUGAAACGAGAUUUGCAAAACUUGUGUCUGGUGUUCCAGACGUACGUCCCACGUAGCUGUAUGGACUUCUCCAGCUAUGGCUGUAGCUGUGGGCCCAACAAAGCCAGGGCACCCAUAGAUGGCAUUGACAGUUGCUGUGCGGCUAAGGAUCGGUGCUACGCAAAACUAAGUUGUGAUUACAACAUACCGACAGAGGUCAAGUGCAAAAACGGCUCUUGUCGAUGCACAGCGGCGGAUAAAUCUUCCUGCGCCUACAAGGCUUGCAAAUGUGACGUCAAAGCCGCCAAGUGCUUCACCCGCUACACUUUCAACGAGUCUCUCAUCAACUACGACUACACCAAGUGUGCUAAGAAAAUAAAAAAGGGAAGUGGUCGCAAAUGAAAGAAGUUUUGUAAAAAAAGUUGUCUAUCG